AUGGCGCAGCGCGACGCAUUCGAUUCAGUCGUGAUCACGGGGAGGGGCUUCAUGAUGCAAAUCGUGCAGACGAUGACCUGCCCCAACCGUGUGCCCCAGGAAUUUUCCGUGGAGGGCAGGCCGAGCGGGGGUGGCGCACAGGCCAAGAAGCUGCUGCAUCAGGCGGCGGCGCUGGCGAACGACCCCGCCUUGAAGCGCAUGCUCAGAACCGCUGCCACCUCGGCAGGACAGCUGGUGCCCAUGGCAACCGAGGCCCAGGGCGCUGCGCAGCAGCCUGCUGCCGCGGCGCCCGCUGAGCCCACCGCGGCCGAGAAGGAGCUGAAGGAGACUGCCGUCGCGAGCGGCCGCUGCCAGUCCUACGGCUUCACGGUCGAGCACGGGGCGCGGAAGUAUGCGACGCAGCGCGCGCGCCGCCGCGGCCGCUGGGCCGCGGUAGAGACUCGCGUCCUCAAGGAAUCCGAGAUCGUGGCGCGGGGCAUGGCGCCCUCCAUGGCCCGGCACGUGGAGCCGGGCUGCCCUUACCGAGACGACGAUGUCAUGGCGCCAGAGCAGGCCGUCCAGACAGGCACGACCAUCAUGGCGGUCGAGUUUGACGGCGGCGUUGUCCUCGCGGCGGACUCGCGGACCUCCACGGGACAAUACGUGGCGAAUCGUUCCAGCCGGAAGGUGUCCAAGGUGCACGACAGGAUCUUCCUCUGCCGCUCUGGGUCGGCCGCGGACACGCAGGCCCUCACGGGCUACGUCCAGCACUACCUGGGCAUGCACGCCAUCGAGCUCGGCAAGCUGCCGAAGGUCAAGUCUUGUGCCAACCUGUUCAAGAUGCUGGCCUACAACAACAAGGACCGCUUGAUGGCGGGUCUGAUCAUUGCGGGCUGGGACGAGCACAAUGGCGGACAGGUGUUCUCUAUCCCCCUGGGCGGCACUCUGCUGGCCUCCCCGGUGGCGACAGGCGGCAGCGGCUCCAUGUACAUAUCCGGCCUUGUCGACAAGCUGUACCGCGAGGGCAUGUCGAAGGCGGAGUGCCUGGACUUCUGUCGCACGUGCGUGUCCCACGCGAUGGCGCUCGACGGCUCCUCCGGCGGCAUGAUCCGGACGGUCGUCGUCAGCAAGGACGGCGUCGAGGAGGGCGUCCUGGAGGGCAACAAGUUGCCGUACGGCCCGUGA